GCCUUCUAGCGUUCAUUUGCGAUUCAGUGUGAUUCAGUGCGAUUUAGUGCGAUACCGUGCGAUAACAGCGAUAUUUUGAUUUUUCUGGCAUCUCCCUGGUUUGAUAUAUUCCAUUCUUAUCGGAGCUAGUGGGGAUAGCCACAGACUACAGAGAGAGACCCCUUGGGGUUCCCCGGCCUUGUGCCGGCCCCUCUCCUCAAACCAUCACGAUGGCAACUGGACAACAUCUUUUGAGAGGUUGCGAGAGUAUCAGGAGCAAGCCAGGGCUGCAGAAGCUGUUCCUCGCCCUGGAUUCUUUUAGGCCGGAGAAGAACAAUUUCGAGGCCAUGAUUUCUUAUUAUGAAGAUUACUACAGAUACCAUUCUCUGGAAGAGGAAAACCUGAAAGAUUUUCUGCUUUGGUACACCAUCGAGAACAUCGCCGAUGACGAGAACAUCCCCAAUUAUUUUGUCAUGAUUGAUAAUCUGAGGAAACUGGAAGUACUCGAGGGGAUGUAUUUUAUUGCGUGCCCUCUUGCGUCACCAACGACGCAAGAAGGACAAAACCUGCGCAGCCAGUAUGAGGCACUGGUAAUUCUUCAUACAGCAGUAAGAUCCAAGCUGGAAGAAUUAAUGCGCAGAAUUGCAGAGAAGAGAGAGGAGUUGCAGCAACUUCCUGGAACCAGCGCACAGGAGUCUCCUGCUGCAGAGAUCAGAACAGCAGAGGAGAGUGCACAGGAGACACCGGGUGCAGAGGAGGAAGCAGCGGAGGAGACUCCUGCUGCAGAGGGAGAACGCCUGACCCUUAGAAGAAGGGUCAGGAAAGCCCUCAAAAGGCCGUUCCAGAGAAUUUGGCGUGCCACUAGAAGACUUCUCAGGGGGGGAUGCUGUCACCCACCUCCCCCUGCUCCAUAGUAUACUUGGGGUAAGUAUGUGUCUAGAGGGGUGGGUGGUUGGGUGUGUGUUUAGAAGGGUGGUUGUGCAUGAUAAGGGGUGAGUGGGUGUGAGUAUAAGGAGGUGGGUGGGUGUGAGGAGUGGGUGGGGGGGUGCAUGUGAAGAGGGCUGGGGGUUAUGUAGAGGGGUGUUAGGGGGUUAUAUAUGUGUGUAGGGAUGUGGGUAGAUAAGUGUGUAUGUAUAGAGGGGUGGAUAGGGAAGUGUGUAUGUUGAGGGGUAGGUGGAUGCGUGUGUAGAGAUGUGGGUGGAUAGGUGUGUUUGUAGAGGGGUGGGUGGAUGGGUUCAUGUGUAGAGGGGUGGUAAGGUGGGUGUGUAGAGGGGCAGGUGGGGUUGUGUGUAGAGGGGUUAGUGGAUGCAUGUAGAGGGGUAGAUGACUGUGUAGAGAGAGGUUAGCAGGUUGGGGUUGAGUGUGUAAAGGGGUCAAUGGAGGGGGGGUGUGGGGGCACAUGUGUAGGGGUGUGGAUAUAUGUGUACGCUAAUAGAAGGUAUGAAGCCAUGAUUCAGGGUGGAAAACCGACUGCCGUUUCUAGGAGUCAGGAAGGAAUUUUUUACCCUCAGAUGAGGGUUUUUUUGCCUUCCUCUGAAUCAUUAGCUGUUAGGAAUGCCCAAACCUAAUUGGCUAUGAAUUGGAAUAAACCCUGUGAUCACCAACAGGUUUUCCCAUAAA